AUGCACAAUUACGAUGUUUUCAAAGAUUUAGAUGUAUAUCAAAUUGCGGAAGAUUAUAUUAAAACACAAUCUGAUUAUGGUUAUGGAUCUAUCGAAUGUAACAAAUUUAAUAAAACCGAUGAUACAGUGGACCCUUUAAUUAAGCAGAUAUGUACAGAUUUUAGAAAAUUAUUUAUAACUUUAGCUUAUAGUGUUACUAAUGAAGUGAAGGCAAACAUUAAAUAUCAUGAAUACUUGAAUUAUUGGCUAAAUCGAGAAUUAAGAAAUCAUAAAAAAGACAGAAUUUUCAGAGAAAAAUUUUGCAAAUUUAUGGAGGAAAAUAAUUCAAAGGUUGAUAUAGAAGGUGCACUGAAAAAUAAAAUUUAUGAUCUUAAUGACGAUGAAUAUGAAAAUAUGGAUAUACUGUACAAUUUGUAUGAUUAUUAUUAUAAAAUUAUAUCUGAAAAAAAAGAAAAAAAUAAUUGUUCUAAGUAUUCUGAGGAAUGCAAUGAUCUAUAUAAACAUGGAAUGAAAAAAUGUUAUGAAACCAGAAAUUUUGAGUUCUAUAAUGCUUUAAAAAAUUUUAGAUCCUUAUAUAAAAAUUAUAUAUAUAAUUCUAAUUUAUGUAAAAAAGAAAUUCUAACACCAUUACCGAUAUUAAAAACAUUUAAAGAAAAGUCAGAAGAAAAAUUUAUGCAAAAAACAGUUGAAUCAUGUGCUAUGUUAAAAAACGAUAAAGAAAAUGAACAUCCUCAAAGAAACCAAAAAUAUGAUAAUAUACUAAAGGGACUAACUGCACAAGAACAGUAUAACAUAUUGAAUACUUGUAAUGCUGAAAUAUCUUUAUGUUCAAAAUAUUGUGGAAACAUUAUUCCCUUUUCUGAAAAACCAAAUGGACUUAAUGGACUUAAAACAUUUUGCGCAAAAUUUGCAAAUAAUUUAAUAAAUUUAUCUGAUAAAUUGAAAAAUGUAGAAUCUGCAGAAGAUCGUUGUUCAUAUUUUACUUACUGGACGUACGAUAAAAUAAUGAAUAUGUUUAAUGAUAAAACUAAUAGUGCUCACUUCCACUCCAUUUUGAAUGGACUUAAUGAGGUAUUAUAUCAGGUUAAUAAUUCUUUACCAGUAGGUGCUAAAUCUUGUCUAUUUUACCUUGAUGGUAAUUUUGAAAAAUGGGAGGAAGAGAAAUAUUUGCACGAUUAUUUCAAAAACUACGAUAAAAUUAGUAAAUGUGUUGACAAUUGUGAUACUUAUUGUGAAUACCUUAACUACAUUGCUGAUUUGUAUAGCAAAAAUAUAAAUAAAUGUUGCACGUGUUUUAUUCGGCCCACUUACAAUUGCAUAAAUAAGUGCCCUACAUAUUUUAAAUGUGAGCAAACAUAUUUUCCUAACUAUCUCAUGUCUAAACUUAAAUGUGAAAAUAUAAAAGCGAAUGAAACUUCAGAUAAAGUGUUUACAAACCAUAUCAUUGAUCUGGAUGUGGCAAGAAGAAGUCCUUUAGAAUCGGAAAAUUCAUGCAAACAUUUAAUGUGCGACCCUUUUAAUGCUUUCUCCUCUAUUUCUUUCGCAUUUCUUGGAAUUUUCUCUACCUUAUUCGUUUUUUACAAAGUACGAAUUAUAUUACAAUGUUUAGUUAUUUCAUGCUAA